UAUUACUAUUUACUUUUUAUCUUUUAGUCCUCCGACGUCUUUCUAAAACUAAAUGUUCUAUAACCGGUCUUUCUCUUCCAUAACCGGUCUUUCUCGUCUAUGGCCAUACAACUAUUUUCCAUAGCCGAAACAGCCAAUCGAAACAGCCAAUGGAAUCAGGAAAAUGGAAAAGAGUGUUUCCCAGUGUUAUCAGUCACACAUUGGGUGCGUAUUUUUAACAUGGGUUGUGCCUUUACCACAAAAAACGUUAAGCUCUACGUAUGAUCUCACAAAAGCUCAAAUUAUUGAAGAAGAUCUAGAAGAGGAUCGUCCAUUUUCUCCGGAUGAAACUGGUCUUAGAUGACAAGCAGACUGGAACCAUUUUUGACUUUGGCAAAGGAAUUAUAAAACAACUACUCACACUAUCAGACAAAACAUCAGAACAUAAUAUCAGUAACAAGUUAGCAGUUACUUUUCAUCAUAAGCAUCUUCAUCAUUAAUUUUGAUCAAACAAUUGAGAGUCAUUCAUGGCCUCAAUUCAAACUCCACAUGGAGAACCAAAGUUUGUGAACGAGGAAAUGGUCAAUAACUACAGGUGCAAAGAGUGCCAUGAUGUAGCUAGAAAGUCUAUGCAGACGUCGUGUGGCCAUAGGAUAUGCGAAGCAUGUAUGCCGAGUUCUAGUUUCGUUCAAGACAAAAUUAGAAAGGUCCCUUGUCCAGCGAAAGAAGUUGAUUGUGAGGAACUGACUGUUGCUGAUAUCACACCGGAUGCUGUUGGUCGGAAAGAGAUCAGACAUCUCCAAGUUUACUGCAGAAAUCAGUCACAUGGUUGUAAGGAGCAGUGUAGAUGGGCAAAUCUGGAGAAGCACUUACUAGUGUGUCCAUUUACAGCAAUGGAAUGCCCCAAUGCACAGCAAGGAUGCCGCGAGAUGUUACCAGCGACAAGAAUGGAUAGUCACUACAGUGAAUGUGAAUACCAUCUUCAAAACUGCAGGCACUGUCGUCGACCAGUCCCUAAAAAGUUUGAAAAAGAACAUUAUCAGAAUGAAUGUACGGAGAUACCCUUGGACUGUCCAUUUGGCUGUGGCAUGAAGGGACUCAAGAGAAGCGCGCUGGAAGUUCACCAAGAUGCGUGUCCAAACAAACCGGAGGAAUGUAGUUUCAAAGAGAUUGGGUGCAAAUUCACGGGCACGGAACGAGAAAUGGCAAAACAUCUACAGGAGAGUACUUCAUAUCACCUUGAACAAGUCACCAUAUAUUCAAGAAAAAUGGAGAUCAAGAAAAUGGAGCUCGAACACAAAAUUCAACAACUGAUUGAAGAACAAAGGACACUCAAGUCAGAAACAGAAAGGAAAGGUCUUCUGACUCAAAAACUACAGACAGAGAGUCGCGAGUCAAAGUUAAACAUGUUUGAGGUAGUACAGCGUGUUGUACAUUUGGAGAGGAAGGUUGAGCUGUUUGCGACCAGGGAUCGUGUGGAUCAGUUGUACCAGGAUAUCAGAUCCAACACCGUGGGGCUGACCCAGGUGCAGUCACAAUUCGUGGCACAGAACCGCAUCAUGGAGGAACUGAAAACAACUGUCGAGCAACGGCGACCCGGAGGGACACGUGAAGAUACAACUGAGCUACGAAGGAAGGUCACUGCACAGGAGACGUCACUUACAGCAAUCAACGUACAAAUAGGAGAGCUGGACUUAAGGUUUCAGAUUCUAGAGACAACAAGUUAUGAUGGUAUACUUCUGUGGAAAAUACGUGACUAUCAGCGAAGGAAGGCUGAAGCUGUUGCAGGUCGUACAUUAUCUUUGUACAGUCAGCCAUUCUUUACUCAUCGCUAUGGAUACAAAAUGUGUGCAAAGGUGUACCUCAAUGGAGAUGGCUUGGUCAAUGGUACUCACUUGAAACUGUUCUUCGUGGUGAUGAAAGGAGAGUUUGACAACCUGCUUCCAUGGCCAUUUAAACAGAAGGUCACAAUACAGCUUUUGGACCAGGACAGUGGCCAGACAAACUUGACGGACUCGUUCAUGCCCGAUGUCAACAGCUCUAGCUUUAGAAAACCCACUACAGACAUGAAUGUAACAUUUGGAUGCCCACUCUGUGUGAAACAUAGUGUUCUAGAGAAUCCUAAAUAUAUUAAAGACGAUGCACUUAUUUUCAAGAUAAUUGUUGAUACAAAUAAUUUGGGUCAUCCUUAAGACCCGUGUAAAAUGGGGUGGUCACUUUUUGUCAUUACAAUAUAGAAAGUCGAUACAAUUCUAAUGGAAUUCAGUAACAUAAUGCGAAAGCAAGCUAUAACAUUGUUUUGUGUGUAUAACGAACAACAAUAAACAACAUCAUGGAGGAACUGAAAACAAUUGUCGACCAACGACGACCCGGUGGGGCGAGUGAAGAUUGUCACAACUGAGCUUCAAAAGAAGGUCAAUGCACAGGAGCCAUCACUAACGGCUAUCAACGUACAAAUAGGAGAGCGGGACUUAAGGUUCCAAAUUCUAGAGACAACAAGUUACGAUGUUAUACUUCUGUGAAAAAUACGGGACUAUCAGCGGAGGAAGGCAGAAGCUGUUGCUGGUCGUACACUGGCUUUGUACAGCCAUUGAAACUUAAAUGGGAUUCAUAAGCACAAUGUGAAAACAAGCUAUGACACUGUUUGGUGUUUAUAUACAUCCACAACAAAGUGUAAGCUUACAAAACAGAUUGCGUAACCAAUAUUCUGUUGCACAAACAAUGUGGUUAAACAGUUUGAAAAACGUUUGCUUGAUAUGUCACCUGCUCACCUAGCAUGUAAUUUGACGGAGUAACUUUGCAAUUACGGCUUUGGGGCGCGUUCUGCUUAGCAGAAGACUCGGCUUACCGUGGGCUUAUUGAAAAAGAAUGAAAGUCGUCGCGAAAAAAUACGUUACAUAAUUGUAUGUUGCUUUAUGACAGUAGUGUUCUUUUGUAUCAGAACUCCUGUUUCGCCAUAUGUGUGGUGAAAUAGAUUGACAUUUCAUGUUUAUUAUAGUCCGUAAGAAUAUAUCAAACGAAGAAACGAUCGACUACCGAAAUAACUCUAAGUUUUUGGACAUUUAAAAAUAAUAUUAUUAUUUUUGUAUCCGAAAAUUCAAAUACGAAAAAUCUUCAAAAAUUAUAGGUGUCCGAAAAAUUAAAAGACAAAAAUGAAGUUACCCAAAAAAAUAUAUUGUAUUGAAUGGUAAAUGCAUCAAUGUACAAUAAUUAUCUCGUCAUAAACACUUUUUUUUCUGCUUAAAAAAUUAAUACAUCUCAGCUUUGCUUACUCUUGCCUGAAAUGAUAUGGGACAAAAACAUAAAAACAGAAAACAUUAUGCUUCCUUAAUAGGACAACACUGUUUCCAAUGUUGUUGGGUGAAUCCAUUUCUUUCUACCAGUACACAUGGUUAUUUACCCAAUUACGCGAAUGUUAUGGUCCAUUGCCCUCAGGCAUUAAUCUGCAAGGUUUUAUGACCUGAAUCCCGUUGUAAUAAUCCAUGAUCAAAGUGACAAAAGAUAAGCAAACAAGGGGCCGUCUGUAGAAAAGUGCGGUAAGAUAUACUGUCCGAAAAUGAAGAGACAUUAAUUAUGGACGAAAACCCGUAUGUCCGAAAAUGUAGUAACAAAAAACGUUAGAGUCCGAAAACUUAGAGUAAUAACGGUAUGUCGAUUGUUGUCUUUCUGAUUAUUAAUUGUAAAAAGAAGCAGGCUUUUGUUGUGUAUGCAUGUUUUUACGAAGCAAUGAGUUUGUUUAUUGUUUUGCGUAGCAAGGAGUUUGUUAAUUGAUGUGUUUUGAGAAGUUAGGGUUGAGCAUCACUGGUAGAUAUAACAAUCUAAAACUUUAAAGAAGAAAGUCAGCAUGAUUGCAUAUGUUAAUCCAUUCGUGUUCAAAUAUGUACUGUGCGUGUUUAUUUUAUCAUAAUUUAAACGACACGUGCUUCCUUAUUAAUAGGUAAACAUCCACAAUUGUAUGCUCCAAAUAUCCAUCCAAGUAUAAUUUAUGUAAAAGUAUUUAUGUAAUUGUAAUAUCAGUAUGUUCAUUAAACAACAUGUUAAUGUC